GUGAAUCAGUCUGUAUACGAAUCAAACAGCUACGGAAGCCAAUAGCACGAAGGGUGACUAAAAUCAGCUUUGGAUUGAUGCACACGUUUACAGAGUAAAGCCUCCUUAUAAACCUCAACACCAGAGUGUUGAAUUUCAUUCAGCGUGACCAGGUGUGAGGGCAUUGGUCAGAUCCUGUAUCUACUCCUUCAGCACAACUCUUUCGAAUUACUAUCCUGAGUCCCAGGGAUCUUCAGUGUGGUUUAAUAUAAAAUGGCGGGGAAGGAGCGCAGCCCUCGCCAUCGGCCCUGGUCUGUGUACCGCGCCAACACCUUUGAUUUAUCUUCUGAGAUGAUGGGGCUUACACUGACAGGUAACAGUCAGGAUCCUGAUGAGCCUGUGCUGGAGUUCAGUUUGGCAUGCAGUGAGUUAGUGACUCCAACGUUGGAGCGUAAACCCAGUAGCUUUGUAGCAGUGAGCUGUACCACUCCCCCUCAAGCCUUUUGGACAAAACAUGCUCAGACUGAGAUCAUAGAGGGCACAAGUAACCCAAUUUUCCUCAGCAGCAUUGCUUUUUUUCAAGACUCUCUGAUUACUCAGCAGACUCAAGUCAAACUUUCUGUCUAUGAUGUCAAAGACCGUUCGCAGGGGACGAUGUAUUUGCUUGGUUCGGCCAUGUUCACAGUGAAAGAACUACUCCAGGAUAAAUUUCACAGACUGCACCUUACACUACGAUCAGCAGAGAAUGAAAAGGUGGGCAACAUAACUAUUAUUGCCUGGCAGUUGGAGGAGAAGAAGGACCAUAGAGCUCAACUUACUCGGACCGACACAAUUAAUGGCAGGAUGGUGUUACCUGUUGAUGAGAGCCUUACUGAAUCCAUGGGGAUAAAAUCAAAAUCUGCUUCUCUAUGCAAAGAUACACUAUUAAAAGCGGUAUUUGGGGGAACGAUAUCCAGGAUGUAUCGCUUUCCUACCACGGAUGGAAACCAUCUACGUGUCCUGGAACAGAUGGCAGAGAGCGUGCUGUCACUACACAUACCCAGACAAUUUGUAAAACUGCUACUGGAGGAGGACGCUGCCAGGGUGUGUGAGCUAGAGGAGUUGGGAGAGUUGUCUCCAUGUUGGGAGAAUCUAAGAAGGCAGAUCAUUACUCAAUAUCAGACAAUCAUUCUCACUUAUCAGGAAACACUAAGUGACCUACAUGAAUACAAAGGUCCAUCUUUUAAAUCCAGCACUUUAAAAGCAGAAAAGAGGCUGGAAUUUGUGCCAACCAACAUGCACAUCCAGAGGAUUAGAGUACAGGGAGAGUCUGGCUAUGACCGAACCUAUGACGUGGUCACUACUGGAGCUCCUGCAGCACAUCAUCAAGGUUUUAAAGGCAGUGGCCUGAGGAAACUGAUUCAGAAGUUUGUGGAGACCAAGAAACAAGCUGGAGAAUCCCGUUCACAUUCUGUACCAUACCAGCCACAGGAUGUGGUACGAGCAAAAGAAAUCAUCUCACACAUUAACACACUGAAGACUCAGGUCAGCUACUAUGCCGAACGCUUAUCCCGGGCUGCCAAAGAGCGCUCUGCUAAUGCACUGGAAAGAACUCUCGCCAUCCUCAGAGACAAGACAAGGCAGCUGGUGACAGUGUGUGACGAUAAACUGCUAGCAAUGGCAAUCCAGGCUCUGAGUGCAGCACGGCCAGAGUUCAUCGCCUCUAAAUCCUCUCCAUUAGGACCAGACACUGAGCGUGUGGUCUUGCGCAAUGGCCCGGGCUCUUCACAGGCCAAAUGGAGUGGGAAAGCAAACAGAGCCUCUGUGAACAUGGACUGGCAUGAUGAGGAGUGGGGAAAGGUGUGGUUAAAUGUGGAUAAAAGUAUGGAAUGUGUCAUUCAUUGCGUGGACAGGCUGUUGAUGAAGGAGAGACUGCAGAGCGACAGUAGUGAGGAUGUUUUCCUCUCUGACCAGCAGCCCAACACCAGCAAGAGAGGUAGCAAUCCUGGCAAUACCUCCUGGAUCCAUCAUAAAUAUUCAUCCCCCUCAUCUUCCCUCUACACCCUCUUAAACUCAUCACCAUCCUCUACUUUGACCUCUGCAUGUGCACCCAGAUCCUCCUAUGGCAGCCCCAGUGUUGACAGCCGUUCUCCAGGUGAAUGGAGCGAUGCGCUCUACCCUCUCUUGACUACGCUAAAUGAAUGUGUAGCCAUGAUGAGUGACAUGGCGAAGAAAUCAAUGGUGUUUGUGCUGAUGCAGGACUGUGCUUCUACCAUCGCUAUGAGCCUGACGCUACAGUAUCGCAGAGAUGUGGUCUUCUGCCAAACACUGACAGCUGUAAUCUGUGGAUUCAUAGUAAAGCUGAGGAACUGUUUGUGUGAUAAUGGCUUUCUAAGACAGCUCCAUACUAUUGGCUUACUGGUCCAGUUUGAAGGCCUACUCAGCACUUACGGGGAGGAGCUGGCCAUGCUAGAAGAUAUGAGCAUAGGUAUAACGGAUCUUAGGAACGUCACCUUUAAGGUCACUCAGGCAACCUCCAGCUUUAGUCCUGACAUGCUACCUGUUAUCACGGGGAACAGAGAUGGCUUUAAUGUGCGUGUACCGGUAUCUGGGGCCAUGUUUGAUGCUUUGCCAAGGGAGAUCCAAAAUGGAAUGCUGCUACGUGUUCAACCAGUCCUGUUCAACAUAGGAAUUAAUGAACAGCAGACACUUGCAGAGAAGUUUGGUGACACAUCACUACAAGAGGUAAUCAAUGCAGAGAGUCUGGCCCGACUCAGCUCCUACUAUGAUCAGUUCAAGGAAGUGUUACCCGAGGACUGUCUGCCACGGACUCGUAGUCCACACUGUAUACCAGAGCUCCUGAAAUUCCUCAGUCAGAAUGUUAACUCCAAGAAGAGUAAGAAUGUGGAGAUUCUUUGGCAGGCAGCAGAGGUGUGCAGACGUCUGAACGGUGUACGAGUCACCAGCUGUAAGAGUGCAAAGGACCGCACAGCCAUGUCUGUAACUCUAGAGCAGUGUCUCAUCCUGCAGUUAGAGCACUGCAUGGCCCCACAGGUCUUAAGCCAAGCCCUGGACUGCAUGCGUAGUGAGGGCUGCAGAAGAGAGAAUACCAUGAAGAAUGUAGGCAGCCGGAAAUAUGCCUUCAACUCUCUCCAGUUAAAAGCUUUCCCCAAACAAUAUAGACCUCCAGAGGGUACUUAUGGUAAAGUUGAGACUUAAAAUGCAUUCUAACCAAAUUCCCUCAGCUUCCACUGAUCAUCAGCAGGCUACUCUCUUUGUUUACUUUAUUUGGUCAUGAUUGAUAUGAAGGGAGAACUGCAGUAAAAGCCUUUGACACCAUGAAUAUAGAUGCUCAUUAUAGCCAGGUAAAUAAUUAGGUCAGUGUUUUACCACUUAUCUGAUGUCACUUCUGUGUUAUUAUUUUUUGUUACUAGCGAAGAUAAUGCUUAACAUAUUAGGCAGAGUUUUUGGGUUGGUACUGAGUGUUACCAGCCUCUGUAAGACUUUUUUUUGCCAUCAACAAUUAAGCUAAUCAGUUAAGGAAUCUUAAAGGUGCAUUUCCACCACAAAACAACCUUGUUGUAACAUACCUAAUUAGCUUAAAUUCUGCAUUAGAAAAAUAAAUGUAAUUUACUUCAUUUAUUUACUCCUUAUGCUGUAAUUACACAUUGACUUUAUUAACAGUUUAAUGUCACUUUUGCCAUUCAAGUAACACUACCAGGUUAUAGAGUCCAGUGCACAAACUGUACAUGACCAUUGUUCUUCAUCAUUUACUAAAUUUGUACAUUAUGCUGGACCAUCAAAGAUGCAUCAGAGUUCUAUUAAGUCUUAAUGAUUUAACAAGGCUAUACAUAUGACGCUUUAAAUAAGCCCUUUAGCCUAACAACAGCACAUAUAGCAUCCUGUGCAUUUUACGGGUUGUGGAUAUCCAAGAAAAGGCCUUUCUCCUGCUGUUGCUAAGCACAGGUAAUGUUUGUACAAUAAAUACAGUACCAUGUUGUGAAUAGAAGUUAUAAUACUUUUAGCAGAGUUGUAUAUGAGAAAUUAGGGCACAUUCAAAAAGUUGUAGUAUUUGUAUUGUUUUAUGCAAAUUUCUUAUGUAUGUACUGUUCUAAAACCCCAAUUGCAGAAAAGGGUGGGAUGGUAGCAAAAAUACCGCCCCACACAAAGUCGAAUAAUAUUUUCUGUGUUGUUUGCAAUUAAAUAUGUGUUUAAACAAGUUUACAGAUUACAGCUUCCUAUUUUAUUUGCAUUUUAUCUACUGCCCAACCUUUUUGGAUUUUUUUUUUGUUAAUUAGUAGUACAUCAUUUUAAUUUCAGUAUAAAGCUUGUUGCUUAAAUUUACUGCUUGUCAUUAUUAUUACAGUUAAUUCUGACUAAAUUAUUUGUAGUAGCACAGGCACAAACAAUUGAAAUAAACCAGAUUAUAAGUGAUUGUGUAAGGUAAGUAAAGCAAGACUGUAUACAACUUCACAGAUCUAACACAAUUAGAAAUGUCUUGCAUCUGUCAGCAUGCAGUAAAGCCUGACCAAAAAAAACUAUGAUGAACUAUAUGUGUAUAUAGACAUUGUAAUGUGACUAUUGUUAAUAUUAUUUGACAGUUUUCAUAUUAUUUAUACUUAUGCCAACUGUGUAAAAUGAUGCUGAUAAAUAAGCAUAUUGUCUGUUUUUGUUUUGCCUUCGACAAUGUGGCAUAAAUUUCACCACUGCUGUACAAAAUGCUAAAUUAUUUAUUCGAACAUGCAACUAUUAAAACAACAGUAACAAACA